AUGGCCUCAUUCAAUCUUCCCCCAGAGCUACUCGCGAUCAUCACAUCUCUAUCAAACACAGAAACCCUCAAGGCGCUGAGGCUAACAAACCACAUGCUAUGCGCCUUUGCAACCAAGAAUUUAUUCUCCACGGUCUCACUGUACACCGAGGAUCAAAGCUGUGAGGGGUUCGAGUCUGUCAUAACACAUCCACAGUUGAAUGAACAUGUGCACAAGGUUCGCCUUAAUACUGUCAAGGUCGACUAUUCCUCCGACGAAGAGCACGAAGAACUUGAGGUACCUUUCAAAUGGAAGGAGCUCCUACCUAUGCUUCCUAAAAUUCCUAACCUUGAAAGCGUCGUUCUGCGCUUCGACAAAACUAUCACAUUCGACGACGAUUACCAGCACCCACCCCAGUCAGUUGAUUACCGAGAAAGCCUCAUACGAUGGCUGGGUGCAGGGCUGGUUUCUCUAAAGCAACCAUUGAAAGAACUGGGGAUUCAGAACCACCAGAAUAUGACGCCAUUGAACCCAGAUUUACAGCAAGUAUUGUGCACGCUGAGUUCAUUGAGACUGAAUGUUGUGCAUGAAACCGAACCUUCAUGUAUUCAAAACGAAAUCGAGAAGGAGGCAUUCCAAGAUUUCUACGGACGUAUACUGCCGUCAAUCUGGCUGAAACCCAUGAUGGGAUCACUCCGGAAGCUCUCUCUAUACUCGAACUUUCCCUGGGGCUUUUAUCCCAAAUUCAGCCUCGAAGGGAUUCAUUGCCCAAAUUUGCAGUCGCUCACUUUGGGAAACUUCUGUUUUUUCGAAGACCAGCAGGUCGAUUGGAUUCUGUCGCACUCGUCAACACUUGAACAACUUUACCUUGACGAUUGUCUGAUUUUUUUCCGAGCGAGAAUACUGGACAAUGAAGGCCAGCUUGCCAUGUGUCCGAUACCGAAAUCCAGAAUGGAAUUCCAACCUGGCUACAGCUGGUGGGAUUUCUGGCACUACGAUUAUCCAAGCCGGUGGAGUGACCUUUUUGCCUCAUUCAAGACAGGCCUUCCACACCUCCGUCGGUUUGCCAUCGGUCACAAUAGAGCAUGGGAUGCAGAUCCAGAAUAUGAGAUCCCUUUUGAGAAAGAACUGGACCUUGUGCCGGCACUGAUGCAUGAUCGGUACAUGGCGUUUGAAGGCGGUCUGGUUGAAGGCCAUCUGGGACCCUCUCAGUUUAUUUCACCAGGGUGGAACGAGGCGGGGGAUUGGCCACAAUGUGAUGACGAAGACCGCGAGGCUUUGAAGACAUUAUAUGGGAAGAUCAAGCAGCAGGUAGAUUGUGGAGAGUUUACUGUAGGAGAUCGCAAGGUGGUGGAUUUGGUAGAAACUCGUCCUUGGUAA